AUGUCGCAACUCCUCGGGACUUUACCUUCGUUUUCCCAGCUUCGAGGGAAGCCGAAUGAUGAUUGGAUUGAUCGGAUGUCACAUGUCUAUACAACAGUGAUCUUAAUCAUCUUUACGGUUGCCGUCAGUUCCGGUCAAUUUUUCAAAGAUCCGAUACAAUGUUGGCAUCCGGCAGAAUUUAAAGGCUCUAUGGAAUCAUACACUACUUAUAACUGUUGGGUUAAAAAUACGUAUUAUGUUCCGAUGUAUAAUGAAAUCCCUCCAGAUAUCACAACUCGCCAAGACGCUGAAAUAACAUAUUAUCAAUGGGUUCCAUUAAUAUUACUGUUCAUGGCGUUGCUGUUUAAGCUUCCGAAUGUUGUCUGGAGAAUAUUUAGUGGUGGAUCUGGUCUUAAUUUAGAUAAAAUUGUUGGUCUUGCCGAGGAGUCACAAUUAGGAUCACCAGAAGAUCGAAAAGAGACUAUCAAAUUUAUUGCUGUUUUUAUUGACAAAUGGUUAGAAGCAACUAAAGAAACAAAUUGGAGUGUUUUGAAUAGAACCAAACAACAAUGCUCGCGAUACCUGUUUUUCUUUUGUAACAAAAAGGCGGGAAGAUAUUUGGUAACCCUCUAUCUUUUUGUUAAGGUCCUGUACGCCUUAAACGCCAUCGGACAGUUAUUUCUCUUAAACGCUUUCCUCGCUACCAGAUUCAAUUUUUAUGGUUUUGAGUUUUUGGAAAAUCUUUACAGCAAAAAUCCAUGGAAGGAAUCGCCAAGAUUUCCCCGGGUGACUCUUUGUGACUUUAAAAUUAGGUUGCUGCAGAAUGAACUUAGGUACUCAGUACAAUGUGUCCUACCAAUCAACCUUUUCAACGAGAAAAUCUUUAUUUUUAUAUGGUUUUGGUUGAUUUUCAUUGCUUCUUUGGCAGUUUUUAAUCUUUUCGUGUGGAUUUACAUUGCUGUGCUUAAAGCCGUUAAGAUACAAUACUGCAAAAAGUACUUAAAAAUUAACAAUGAGCUUCAUACUAGCUUUGAUAAAAAGCUAUGCAUAAAGUUUGCUGAAUAUUAUAUGCGUGAUGAUGGCGUAUUCAUGCUGCGGCUUGUGGCAAAGAAUUCUACUGAAAUGGUAGUCUCCGAUCUUGUUAAAGAGCUAUGGAUGAUGUACAAAAACAAGCAGAAUACCAAGAAGAAUGACAAUGCUAAAGAACUGAUUCCAGAAGUUAAGGCAAACCUUGCAUAAUGAAUAUUCAUAUUUUAGUUAUUUGCAUAUGAGAUACGUUCAGUGCAUGCUUGUAACUUGUCAGUUAAUAGAAUAAUAAAGGAUAAGUUUGU